AUGGCUUCCUGCCGCCAUGCGGGACUACUGUUGGGUGCCUUGGCCGUGGCGAUUUCCGCCGCAGGAUUCUGGAAGGCUUCCGUGUCUGAGACAUCUGGACUGGGUUCGAGCCCCAGUGAAGGCAUGGCAGAUGGAUCCUUCUCAGCUCCGCCUCCGGCUCCGCCUCCAGCUCCGCCUCCAGCUCCUGUGGUCCAGAGCUGCCACGGGCCGAGGUUGAUCCUGCACGUCGGACCGGGCAAAACGGGGACCUCUGCAUUGCAGGACUUCUUGGUACAAAAGGCGACGUGGCUUGAAGAGGAGUGGGGAAUCGGCGUGGGCUUUCGUCAAUCGAAAGCUGCUGCCUACGAUCUUGCUAUACCCCUCUGCGAAGAGAACAGAGUUGAGAAGGACAAGUGCGAACCCAAGCAGGAUGCAGAGAAGGUCACUGAGUCGGUUCAGUACAUCAAGAGCAAGCUGCAGAAACGUUCUCUCGUGGUCGUGUCCAGUGAGGAGUUUGCUCGACCUACGUUUACCAGCACAUCCUGGCAGUGCUUUAAGUCCCUCGUAGGAUCAGGGGCCUGCUUCAGUGUGGUGGUUGUGCACCGGAAUGCCGCGGCAUGGAUGGCAUCGGUAUGGGCAGAAACCAGCAAGCUUCACAGUGCCCCCCGAAGCUUUGAGUCGUUUACGGCGCUCUUCGCCGGCCAGCGCGGGGCGGACCUUCAGGGAGAUUCCGACCCGCAGCUGCAGAUUCUCAACAAACUGAACGAGGAGUUUCCGGGAAGG